AGAAGAAGAAGAAGAAGAGGAGGAAGAAGGCUCCUUAACUCCAGCAAAAAGGCUGAAACAACAACAUUCCCCAUUCAGUGGUCAACUCGUGGCUGCAGCGACGCAAUGGACUCCCUUUUGCAUACGAAGAAGCAGCUUUUCCGCGCGCUGUGCGCCGCUCUCCUCCUCCUCGCCGCCACAUGCGCAGAGGAAGGCGCAAAUGGGAAAAACUGUCACAACUACGCGGGGGGACACGUCUAUCCCGGGGAGGCUUUCCGCGUGCCCGUGUCCGACCAUUCCCUGCACCUCAGCAAAGCCAAGAUUUCAAAGCCGGCGCCGCACUGGGAGGGAACGGCCGUCAUCAACGGUGAAUUCAAGGAGGCGAAGCUGUCGGACUACAAGGGCAAAUAUCUCGUCUUCUUCUUCUAUCCUCUGGACUUCACAUUUGUCUGCCCCACUGAGAUCAUCGCUUUCAGUGAUCGCAUGCACGAGUUCCAAGCCAUCAAUACAGAGGUGGUCGCCUGCUCCGUCGACUCCCAGUUCACCCACCUGGCCUGGAUCAAUACGCCCAGAAAGCAGGGUGGACUUGGACAAAUGAGAAUACCGAUGUUAUCGGACCUCACUCACCAGAUUUCAAAAGAUUACGGAGUCUACCUGGAGGACCAGGGACACACACUGAGAGGACUCUUCAUCAUUGAUGACAAAGGCACCCUGAGGCAGAUCACCAUGAACGAUCUCCCGGUGGGAAGAUCCGUGGAUGAGACUCUGCGGCUCGUGCAGGCCUUCCAGUACACGGACAAACACGGAGAAGUGUGUCCAGCCGGAUGGAAGCCAGGCAGCGACACAAUCAUUCCCGACCCUUCAGGCAAGAUGAAGUAUUUUAAUAAACUGAACUGAUCUGCGUUCCUGUCGUCCCAAAGUCUGUGGACUCCAUCACUUACUGAAAAGUAAAAAUAAAAAAUGUGUUUUCAUAAAAUGU